UUUUGGUUUGUGCUUGUUUCUUUCUGUUCAUUUCAGUCCACAUGCGGGCGGUAAUGCGCCAUUAUGCUGCUUUGCCAACCGCCAAUAAGGACCACCGAAGAAGAAAAAGAGGGCGGGGGUAACGUUAAUAUGACGGAAAGUGGCGCGCAGCUGUUCGCACGACUCGAUGGCCGCCAAAGUGUUCGUGACAUCGAACCUCGCCUUUUUCCCCAAAACGCACAACCCGGACCCGGGGCGGUGGUGGAGCUCUACGGGACGGAGGGCACCGGUAAGACGGAGCUGCUGUACCACUUCCUGUGCCGUGCCGUGCUCCCCGUCCAUGCCGGCGGCCUGGAGCUGGAGGUGCUCUUCGUCGACACCGACUACAGCCUGGACGUGUUGAGGCUCGUCGGCAUCCUGGACGCCAGGCUCCUCGCCGCUGCCGCCGAGUCGUCCAUCUGGCCGCAGCGACCUGAGGCCCACGUGCGCGCCUGCCUGUCCCGCCUGCUGGUGGCGCACUGCGACUCUUCGCGGCAGCUGCUGGUGACCCUGCACACGCUGGAGGCUCGCUUGGUGUCCCGACCCGGCCCGGCGCUCGUCCUCCUGGACAGCGCCUCGGCGUUCUAUUGGUCGGACCGCGGUGAGGGUGGGGCCAGUGUGUCCAAGCAGGAAGAGAAUCUGAGAAAAUGUUCGCAGCUAUUGGCGGCUCUGCUGAGGGAUUACCGGAUCAGCGUGUUUGCUUCCUGCCACGCCAACAGGAGGCGUUGCGGCCACGCCUCCUCCUCCUUCUCUCACCUGUGUCGCCCCUGGCAACGGCUGGUCACUCACCGCGUGUUGUGCUCCAGGCAGGAAGUUGCUCCAGCCCGGGGUGGCCCCAGAGGUCACGUGUUCAGCGCGCACUGCACGUCCUCGUCAUCCGGGGGCAAAGCUUACAGAAACUGCUCCUUCCGGAUCGGAGACGGCGGCCUGGAAUUUGUCUGACGCGCUUGUCCUCCGACCGCUGCCUGGCCCACUCGACCUACCGCAGAGAAUCAAAGCCACCGCUCAAUAAAUAAAGCCUUGACGCGACUCC